AUGCAAAAAGGAAGACUGUUACCUUUACACAAAAGAAGGCUGCUUCAAGAAGCUCAAGCUGCUUACAAGCUUCUUAAGCUUGAAAAAAUGUACUCAUCAAGCUCAUACAAUUCCUCUCCCAUUGAUUUUGCAAUGCCAUCAAUUAAGACAGGAGAUAUUUGCUCUGUUCGCUUAUCCUGUAUAUGCAGCCUCAUUUUGGCUAAUAAUUAAUAAGAAAAAUUUUUAAAAAAUAUAAAUAAAUAGCAAUUAUAAAAUAAAACAAAAUAGUUUAUAAACAUAAUUGAGUUAGAAGGCACCCACCCAGGAAUAGCAAAAGUUCUUGAAAUUAAAGAAGAAUCCGGUGUCUUAAAACUUAAACUUAUAGGGAGGCGUCUGCCAUAUUGGUUUACGCAGUCACCAAGGACCUACCCAUACGGGUGGUUCAUCCGCUUUGCGCCGUCUUCAGCUUCGCCUUGAUCGAAUUGGGGCAAUGAAUCGCUAGGCAAGUGUUCAGCUCUGACACCACCUUUCUUCUUCUUCUUCUUCUUCAGCGCCUGAUGCCAUGGCACUUCUGAAGUGUAGUUCUGCUUCGGACGUCUCCUCCUUCCCUUUCGGGUCCAGUGUUGAGUGGGCGGACUAUGGACUUCUGCGGCUGCUGCAUGUGUCACGAGGUUGACCAUCCAAAAAUUCCAAAAAAUGGAAUUUCUGUUAGGCCUUUCGGCAAAAAGGAAAAUCUGGAUCCCGGGACGUAACGCCCGGUUUCACGCUAGGCAGUUGCCCGAUUGGUCUGGGUAUUACCUGCAGACUCCGCUGGGCUUGCCCUUUCCAAAUCCAACCCUCCUUACCCUCGAGGUAAAAACCAACCUUGAAAUCGGACUGAGGGCUAGGCUCUGUACAUUACCAGAAUUGCUUACCUAGCAUUGCUGUCCAUUUCUGGAUUGGUAAAACCUGCCGGAUAUAAUUAAAAUAUGUGUCGAGGCUGCAUGGCCGGGAGGCCAUGCCCAGACGAAGACGCCAUAUUUUAAUUAUGAAGAAUCCGGUGUCAAAACUUGCAAAAUUCAGUGGUUUUAUCGUGCAAUACAAGACUUGGAGCUCAGCCAUGACUUUUUAGGGUCCAACGAGCUUUUUAUUUCUAACCUAAUUCAAAAUGUUGAUCUAGCUUGCAUUGAUUGUAAAGUUGAUGUAGUAAGCUUAGAAGAGUAUAAAACUCUUGAUAAAAGUGAUUCUGACUUGUAUUUUACAAGAGCAUCUUAUGAUCCUAAGAAAAAGACCGUUAACCCUACCUUCUCAAGGUGAAAAAGAGUCUGCUAUUGCAAAAAGCCAGAAAACCCAGACAAAGAAUUUAUAAAUUGUGCAAAGUGUCAUGCAUUGUUUCAUCUCGCAUGUAUAGGUGAUUUUUUCGGUAAAUAUUUGUGUAAAAAAUGCACAAAAAAUAAUUAA